CAUGCAUGUACACCAAAGACCAAACCACAGAGAGAGAGAGAGAGAGAGAGAGAGAGAGAUGACAAAAUCAACGUGCAGCCAUGCAAACCUUCCUAUUAAACCCUUGAAUUCGAGUACUAUAAAUGCCUCAUCUUCAAAGCUCCCCAUUAACAAAACACCCAGACACAAGACGUGGGGAUUGAGCUCAAUCAAUGGCUUCCAAACCCUUCUUUUCUUCUAAAUUACCAAAACCUUUCCUCUUGACCUAUCUACUCUUUCUCUGCCUUGCCCUCUUGUUCCUUGUGCUAUCUUCCAGGCCCAAGCCAAACCCUUCCGCCAGUCACCAGCUGCUUCAAAACAAGGUCGAAGUCCCCGUCAAUGGGUUCGAUGAUCAUAAUAUUGUUGCAGAAAAAACUAAAUUCAAGGUGGGUUUGGUUAAUGUAGAUCAUCAUGAUGAUAGGAUAGCGACUGCAUAUGAACUGCUAGGGUUGAAAGUGUCACAGACGGCAACUGUCCACGUAGGUUUUGAACGUGUGGCUGAGAACUUGAAAUGGGAGGACUUCUUCCCUGAGUGGAUUGAUGAAGACGAGAAGUGGGGUCCACCAAAGUGCCCGGAGAUACCGAUGCCGAGGCUGGAGGAUUACGAUGAGCUCGACGUGGUUAUAGCUAGGGUUCCAUGUGGGAUGGUCAAGGAGAUGAUCAUCAAGGAAGCUGGGAUUAGGGAUGUGUUUAGGUUGCAAGUUAAUUUGGUUGUGGCUAAUCUGGUGGUGGGGAGUGGUGGUCGGUGGGGGAGGCAUGAUGUUAAUCGGACGGUGCAGGUGAUGUUUAUAGGAACUUGUGGGCCAAUGGUGGAGAUUUUCAGAUGUGAUGAUGUUGUGAGGCAGGAAGGGGAUUAUUGGGUGUAUAAGCCUGAGUUGAGGAGGCUGAAGCAGAAGGUCCUCAUGCCCUUUGGGUCAUGCGAGCUUGCGCCUGCGCCUUACACACAGACGACAGGUAAAGAUGUAGGUAUGAGGCACGCUAUUAAUUCACAGUACUCAACGCAAUGGGAAUUACACAACUCCCACGCGUACCACCAAAGGGAGGCCUAUGUGACGGUCCUCCAUUCUUCAGAAGCAUAUGUUUGCGGCGCAAUUGCCUUAGCCCAAAGCAUCAUUCAGAGCAACUCCACCAAAGACCUCGUCCUCCUCGCUGACAACUCCAUCUCCUCCAACUCGAUCAGAGGCCUCAGAGCUGCCGGAUGGAAGAUCAAACGCAUUCAACGCAUCCUCAGCCCUUUUGCCAAAAAGGGUUCCUACAAUGAGUGGAACUACAGCAAGCUUCGAGUGUGGCAACUCACUGAGUACGACAAAGUUAUAUUCAUCGAUGCUGAUCUCUUAGUCUUACAGAACAUAGACAAGUUUUUUGCACACCCACAACUAUCUGCUGCGCCGAACGACAAGGUGAUAUUCAACUCCGGGGUGGCCGUAAUCGAACCAUCGAUGUGCAUGUUCAAGGACUUGUUGCAGAAAAGAUUCAAGUUGGGUUCCUAUAAUGGUGGAGAUCAAGGGUUUCUGAAUGAAGUUUUUACGUGGUGGCACCGGUUGCCGAAAAAGCUGAAUCAUCUCAAAGUUUAUGGAGGGAAGAAGGCUGGAGAAGAAGAUCAUCAGCAUGAGAUGCCAAAAGAUGUGUAUGCAGUGCAUUAUUUAGGGUUGAAGCCAUGGAUGUGUUACAAGGACUAUGACUGUAACUGGGACAUGUUGGAUCAUCAUCCAUUUGCGAGUGACUCGGCUCACCGGCGGUGGUGGAAGGUGUACGAAGCCAUGCCGAAGAGCCUGCAACCUUACUGCGGGCUCACGGCGAAGAUGGACGCAAGAAUAAGGAAAUGGAGAGGGAGAGCCAGGGAAGCCGGAUUCCCUGAUGGGCAUUGGAGAAUCAUGGUUAAAGAUCGAAGACGACGCCAUUAUGUACAGUAAGCAAACAGGGGAUGACAAUUAAACUCCAAUGCCCUUGAAUCCCAAACCAUUCAUUAUCAUGAUC